AUGAAUUAUAAAUAUUUUAUACUAAUCUUAGGGAGCCUCCUAAUAACAAUUAAUGGAAGCAAAUGCAAAAAAGUAAUUAAUUCUGAUGCUGUUUACAUAUUUGAUGAUUUAUAAACUAAGGAAUAUAAACAAAUUCUAAACGAAACAAGUACAUUAUAUUUCCGAUUUUGUCAACCAAUUUUAAAGUGUCCGGAAAUUACAUUUAAUACAUUUGCAGUGAUAAUAAAUAACGAGGGAAAACUAGAUUAAUAAUGCAUAUCAUUGAUUAACACAGAUUCGUACUUUGCGGAUUCCUUUGAACUAAUUAAUCAGGAUAAAUCUAAUGAAGGAGUGCAGGCAGAAUUCAACAAUACACUUAAUGGGUUUUAUGUAAAAUACGUGCUUUAUUGUUAAGAUCAAUAAGAAGGACUUAAGAUAUUGGACAUAUCUUAUGAUAAAAACAAAUAAUUUUACACCAUUGAAAUGGAGGCUGAUAAUGGAUGUCCCUUAGUUUUAUUUUCUUAAAUUGUUUAAUUCCUAAAUGACAAUAAUAAAUUUCUGUCUGCAAUUUUGAUAAUGAUCGGCUUAACAGAAUGCUUAAUGGGUAAGCAAAUCUUAAAGCCAACCCUCUUUAUUUUUGGAUACUUAAUUGGCUUUUUCUUUGCAUUAUAUAUAUCCAGUGAAAUUGAUUUGGGAGACAAUCCAUUUUUUUUGUGGUUAACGUUGAUAAUCGCUGUGUUAAUCGGAGCAUUUGCAGGAGGUUUAUCUAUGCACUUAGACAAAAUCGGAAUUGUUGCAAUAGGUAUUGGACUUGGAGUAGUCUUGUCUUUACUGUUGUGGAAUGCUCUAUUGGUUUAAUUUGUUACUUCUUAAUACUUAUUAUAUUCAAUUAUGUUGGUUUUCAGUUUUGGGUGCACUGCUCUAUCGUUUAGAUUAUUCGAUCAUCUAAUCAUUUUUAGUACUAGUUUUUUAGGAUCAUACUUAGUGUUUAAGGGUAUAGGUUUGAUUGCUGGAGGGUUUCCUUCAGAAAUUAAGAAUAUUUCAGGAAAUUCGGACUAUAGAUAUUACAUUUAUUUUACUGGCAUUAUAAUUUUAGCCUGCUCUGGUAUCUACUACUAAUACAAAUAAUGGGGAUAGAAGAUUAUCACUUAUGAUGAAAUUGUGCAAUCUGUGAUGAAUGGCAAUUAGUCAAAUGAAGUCAAAGAUUCACUUUUAAACGACCCUCAAAAUGACCAAGAUUAGAUUGAAUUAAAAGAGAUAUAAGAGAAAUCAGAUAUAAAAGGUUUUUAAUGA